AUGUUCCUCCUGCUGCUCUUUACCCUCGCCAUAGCCGGGUUGGCCUAUUGGAUCUGGUGGGGCUACCAGAAGUCGUUUUAUUGGGACCGGAAAGGCGUUCCUAAUAUAAAAUCGAAACCGUUGAUUGGCUCGUUGUGGCGUACCGCGGACCCUAGUCGACCCUGGUUCCCAGAGCUGCCUAACUACACCCAGAAAUUCGGGAAAAUCUGGGGCUUCCAAGAGGGUGUCAAGAAUGUAUUGGUAGUUGCUGAUGCCAAGACGGUGAAGGAGAUCUUACACUCGAGAUUUGAGGAAUUUCAGCAACGGAAGGGCAAUCCCCUCUUCCAACCGGAAGCCGACGAUCCGCUUACGCAUCUCGCAGAAGCCUGGGGAUAUAGGUGGAAACGGCUUCGAGCCCUUGUCAGCCCCCAAUUCUCGAACAGCAGCUUGAAAAAGGUCCUUCCUACAGUUGCUGACUCUGUGAAAACGAUGACAGAGCUUAUUGGGAAGAAAGAAGGACAGGAAAUUGAUAUCCACACCUACUAUCAAGAAUUAACCAUCGAUGUCAUUGCUCGAAUUGCCAUGGGACAACAGGGUUCCACAAUGUUCCAAAGCGAAUACGCCGAUGAAUUACGACAUGCAUUUGCGAGAGACCCACGAGAGCCGCUCUUCCUCCUCAGCUGUGCGGCUCCGUUUUUCCAAAAAUAUGUCCGCCUGCUUUUCAUAUUUUUGGCACGACUAUUUGGGCUAGCAGCAGCCAAACUUUUGAUAAAAAUCGAGAAAGCCGUAAAGGAACGGAAGCAGCAGAGGGCAAAUGGCGGUGGUACGUCCGAAACGAAAGAAUUGGUCGACUUUAUCGAUCUAUUUUUGGAUGCGGAGGCUGAGGUCGAUUUGAAGGCGGAGGAAAAUUUGAAUAUGAAGCGCGACCACGUAGUCCGGCACAUGAUUGAGGAAGAAGUCGUCAUGCAAUGUUUCCUAUUUUUGUUGGCCGGCUUCGACACGACAGCCAACUCGUUGAGCUACGCGAGCUGGUACUUGACAAAGUAUCCAGAGGUCCAACGCCGUCUACAAGAAGAACUUGACCAAGUCUGCACGACAAAAGAAAUUACCUUCGAACAACUUGCCGAGCUGAAAUAUAUGGAUUGUGUGGUGAAAGAGGCUUUGAGAUUCCAUCCCCUAGGCACUGUUGCCGUAGCCCGAGUAGCGGAAAACGAUUGCGAGUUGGCAGGAGUGAAACUCGAAAAGGGAGACCAAAUUCAGAUCGAUGCCUACUCCAUUCAAGUAUCGCCAGAAAUCUGGGGCGAAGACGCCUUGGAAUACAAUCCCGAUCGGUGGCACAACCUGACCUCCGAACAAAAAGAUGCUUAUCUCUCGUUCGGCGCGGGCCCCAGACAAUGCGUCGGUAUGAAGUUUGCCUACAUGGAAGAGAAAUUGGCAUUGGCGAAUGUAUUAAGAAAGUAUAACCUCGAAGCUGGGCCGAAUUUUGAGGAAAAGCUUGCGCUAACCGGAUGGAUAACGAUUUCGCCGCAAUCAGUGACUGUCAUCGCCAAGGAGCGA